CCCCGUGACUUUGGCACUUGGAGGAAGGAUGUCAUGAGCCAAGCAGCCGUCCGCUAUAAACCUACUGAUCAGCCGCUGGCUGAAUGCUCGCACUAUUCAUUUCCUUGAACUGAAGUAUCAGAGGCUAGGCCAUCCAUCACAAUAAGGUGACGUCAUUUGCUUGACGUAUAAAAGAGAAAGCCAAUUUACGCGGCGCCCCUAGGAGUUUCCAGAACAUCGCUGACGAAGAACCAGGCGGACGUUCGCUUUGAAGAGUCCUGCAUACAAAGAGAAACAAAACGAGGGACUUUGACAAAUCCCGGAAUGUACGAAGUUCGGUGUCGUCACGCUGUUGACAGGGAACUACAAAAAAUGGACCUCCGUAAGCCAGUGCACCAAGUAAUAGAUGGAGUACCUAGGUGCUCAGGCAUAGUUCCAGACAUGCUACGAGAAAACCUCAAGUUCCGACCGCAAAAGGGAGACGUGGUACAGACAACUUUUCCGAAGAGUGGUACACAUUGGAUGAUGUACAUUGUCCAGCUCAUUUUGAGACAGGGCGAGCCUAUGACCACGUACGAUGAGUUCGCUAAGGAAUACCGCUUCAUUGAGUAUAUGGAUAUCAAGGGCUGGAAGUCUUCUCUCGCCGUGAGAACAUUUGCCACGCACUUGCCCCUGAGUAAGGACACCGUGAGCCAAGAAGGAAAGUACAUUUACGUUGCUCGGAAUCCCUGGGACGUCUGCGUUUCGAUGUAUCACAUGGUGACCAACCUCAGCUCGUACGAGUACCAGGAUGCCACGUUCGGAGACUUUGUCAACGUGUUUGUCAGCGGGAACUUUGGGUACGGCGACUACUUCGAGCACGUGGCGUCUGCUUACAACCUCAGGCAGGAGCCUAACGUGCUCUUCGUGACCUACGAAGAAAUGAAGAAGGACACUCAUGACGUGAUUCUCAAGGUAGCGCACUUUUUGGGGGAGCGCUAUGGGCGAGCUUUAUUAGAGGACAAAAGAUUGCUUCAUCAGAUGCUGGAGAGCUCCAAGCCCGAGAGCAUGAGAAGUGUCGUGGUCGUCGACUUUCGCGAAAGUCGCAAUCCUCACUGGAAAGAGGUGUUCGAACGAAACACGGUAACCUGCAAGCAGGGCUACGAAGGAGAUCAAACGAAAUACAGCCUAGUGCGAACUGCAAAAGUUGGAGGCUGGAAAGAGCACUUCACACCAGAGCUGCUCCGACGCAUGGAAGCUAGGAUUAUUGACGCAGAGACGGUGUCAUCCUUUAUGGAUCUCUGGAAGGACAUCCGAGCCGAAGCAUUCAAAUUUUCGCAAAGUAUCUGAUAUGGAGUGCAUGUUUUACUGAGCCUACAAAAAGGCCAUGGAAUUAUGUAAUUUGUAUUUUGCGAAAAAUAAAAAAACUAACAUAUUGAAA